AACUGACAACAGAGUGCUGCUAAAAAUAAAUCAUGGCUUCUCCCCAAAUCGUGUUGAUUUCUGGCUGUUCUAGUGGCAUUGGACUCGCUACAGCAGUGUUUCUCGCCAAAGAUGCCGAGAAACGCUUCAAGGUUUAUGCCACCAUGAGAAAUCUGGCGAAGAAAGGACAAUUGGAGGAAGAAGGAAAGGAAUAUCUUGGAGACACACUGGUCAUUAAACAGAUGGAUGUAUGCAGCGACGAGUCAGUGCAGAAAGCUGUGAAGGAAGUGUUGGACACAGAGGGAAGAAUUGAUGUAUUGUUUAACAACGCUGGUACUCUUGUUAUGUCAGCGCUGGAAUGUGUCCCCAUCAAAGUCACCAAGGAGCUAUUUGAAGUCAACGUCUUCGGGGCACUGAGAUUAAUCCAGGCCGUGCUGCCGAGCAUGAAAGCGAGGGAGAGUGGGCUAAUCAUUAAUAACAGCAGCCAUCACGGUGUUGUUGGAGUUCCUUUCGUGGAAAUUUACAGCUCGUCAAAGUUUGCUGUAGAAGGUCUGACAGAGAGUAUGGCUCCACUACUCCGUCAGUUUAACAUAAGAUGCUGUCUGUUGCAACCAGGCCCCGUUGAAACUCCUGUAAGGUCGAAAGCGAGCGACUGGAGUCAAGAGAGCGUGGACUUGACAACCUUGGACGCCAAGACGAAAAGUUUGAUGGAAGCGGUUAAUGAAUAUUUUGGCAAAAUACUCGGUGAAACUAUGCAGAGCAGUGAAGAAAUUGCGCAAGUUGUGCAGGAAAUCAUAUUAGGGCAGAAAAAAAGCCUGCGACUACAAACCAAUGUAAAAUACGGCCCCGGUGAAAUUGCUGCCAAAUUAGCUGAUCCUACGGGGGACGCAUUGAUCAGUAUUGUGGCUAAACGUUAUUUUAAUGAAUAAGUUUGCUGUUAUUUGUCUAACUGUACCUCGUCAGGAAUCUUCAUGUUGCUUUAAUAAGCCUUCAAAUCAAAAAUCUUAAAUUAACCUUGGGUGAAGCAUGCUUAAAUAUGAAAAUCUCGACGUUGUGAAAAUUAAUCAU